ACUGUCAUGGGCACCCUGCCUGCCGUGGGUGCUGCCUGCCUGCUGUGGGCACCCUGCCUUGGGUCCCCUGCCUACCAAGGGUGCUGCCUCCCACGGGUGAUGUUUGCUGUGGGUGCUGCCUGCAAUGGGUCCCCUGCCUGCUGUGGGUGCUGCCUGCAAUGGGUCCCCUGCCUGCUGUGGGUGCUGCCUGCAAUGGGGCCCCUGCCUGCUGUGGGUGCUGCCUGCUAUGGGUCCUCUCCCCACCACUGACCAUGGGUUCCCUCCCGCAGGAGAUGGAGCUGGAGCCCCGGGGAAACGGCCUGGAACCAGUGGGUCACUACGAGGAGAUCGAGAUCUCGGAGAGCAGCGUCAACAACGGCCCCGAGCACAUCGGGCCCCACUGCUUCGAGCUGCUCCGCGUGCUGGGCAAGGGCGGCUACGGCAAGGUAUUCCAGGUCCGCAAAGUGCAGGGCACCAACACGGGGAAGAUCUUCGCCAUGAAGGUCCUGAAGAAGGCCAAGAUCGCCUGCAACGCCAAGGACACGGCGCACACGAGGGCCGAGAGGAACAUCCUGGAGGCCGUCAAGCAUCCCUUCAUCGUGGACCUCAUCUACGCCUUCCAGACGGGCGGCAAGCUCUACCUCAUCCUGGAGUGCCUCAGUGGUGGAGAGCUCUUCAUGCAGCUGGAGCGUGAGGGGAUCUUCCUGGAGGACACCGCUUGUUUCUACCUGAGUGAGAUCACGCUGGCACUGGGCCACCUGCACUCCCAUGGCAUCAUCUACCGCGACCUCAAGCCGGAGAACAUCAUGCUCAACAGCCAAGGCCACAUCAAGCUGACGGACUUCGGGCUGUGCAAGGAGUCCAUCCACGACGGGGCCGUCACCCACACCUUCUGCGGCACCAUUGAGUACAUGGCCCCCGAGAUCCUGGUGCGCAGCGGGCACAACCGGGCCGUGGACUGGUGGAGCCUGGGCGCCUUGAUGUACGACAUGCUCACAGGAUCGCCGCCCUUCACCGCUGAGAACCGCAAGAAGACCAUAGAUAAGAUCCUCAAGGGCAAGCUGGUGCUGCCGCCGUACCUGACUCCCGAUGCGCGGGACCUCCUCAAGAAGUUCCUCAAGAGAAACCCCAACCAGCGGGUUGGGGGGGGCCCUGGCGAUGCGGCCGAUGUGCAGAAGCAGCCCUUCUUCCGCCACAUCAAUUGGGAUGACCUGCUGGCCCGCAGGCUGGACCCCCCCUUCAAACCGUGCCUGCAAUCAGAGGAGGACGUGAGCCAGUUCGACACCCGCUUCACGCGCCAGACGCCCGUCGACAGCCCUGAUGAUGCUGCCAUCAGUGAAAGUGCCAACCAGGCCUUCCUGGGCUUCACCUACGUGGCCCCCUCGGUGCUGGAGAGCAUCAAGGAGGGGUUCUCCUUCCAGCCCAAGGUGCGCUCCCCACGGCGCCUCAACAGCAGCCCCCGAACCCCCGUCAGCCCUGUGAAGUUCUCCCCCUUCGACGCCUUCAAGCCGGGGGCAUCGGGGGAGCCGAUGGAGCUGGGGCCCAGCCUGCCCCCCCCCCCCGAGGGCACGGCCCCACUGCCCAUCAAGCCCUCGGGGGGCACCAAGAAGCAGAAGGGGGGGCGCGGCCGAGUGCCCAGGUAGG